AUGCUGACAGUGGAGGAUUUGUGCAGAAAAGGAUUCUAUGGAAUGCAGAUAAAAGAUCUUGCGCAAAAUGAAAUAAACCGUCUUAGAGAAAUAGAAGGCGUAUGUGUUGUGACAGAGGCUUCUGUUAGGCUAGUGGAGGAAACACAGAAUCCUUUACUUUUUGUAGAGGAUGAUUCUGCAAAUAGCACUUCGUACGUACGUGCAAAUAACAAAGAAUUUACUCAGUAUGUGACAAAUGGUCGGCUAAAUUUCAACUGCCCGGAGUACUAUUUUAUUUUUCAUGAGCUAAUUGUAGGGGGUGAGCCUGUUAGCUGUAAUAAUAUGCGUGUAAAGUUAAAGAUUGGGGCAAAGUCAUUCUUCUACUUUAUAAAGAAGCUUGCACUUGCUGGCAUUGUGAGAAAGAUUGAUAAUGGAAGUAAAAUUCUUCUGUGCAAGGAUGAGCCACUGGUGGAGAAAGAGGUGGUUGACUAUCCACCCCCAAAGCAUCUGCUAAAAAAUGUUCCAAUUUACAUACAGAUCCGAGAUCUGCUAACUAGACCAGAGGGAACAUCCACGCAGCAGAUCAAAGAGUAUCUGGGAAUAAAAAACAGGCAGGCCCAUGUGGCUUUGAAGUAUGUAAUGCAGGAAUUUGGUGACGAAAUAAAAAUCAUCACAGAAUUUGAGGGAAAAACAAGAAGGCUUAGGUAUAUCCUAAAAACACACUAUGAACAGAAAGAGAAGCAGUUUGAGAGCCAGAUACAAGAGAGUGCAGAGACAGGAGUUUCUGAGACUCGGCGUGAUUUUGUAAACACAGAGCAGCGCACUAGGGUCAUAGAGGAUCUAGUGGAGCGAGAAAAGGUUGUAAUGUACAACAAGGCCUUUCAUGAGAAGAUUUCUGAAAUACUAGGCAGCAAACAUACAAUAGACAAAAACACUGUUGUUAGGACAGCAAAUGCAUCAGCAAAGAUAGAUUUAGUUAGUGUGUAUAUAAAGUACGCAAUGAAGACCAUUGCUAGAAAUGUUUUCAAGAUUUCCUCUCUUGAGCCAACCGAUCCAAUUGUUAUAAGCUGCAUACGGAAAGAAGGAUAUAAGUCAUUUAGUAUUGUGACAAACCAAGGUGUAGUAGACUAUUUGUAUUCGGAUGACAUAGAGGAGGAGUCUUUGCCUGGGGAAAAAGAUCCAUCAGAGAGGCUAGAUAUACACAGAAGGUACUACAGAACUAUUCUCUUCACUGACUAUGAAAAUCUGUUUGCAUCGCAGAGCAAUGGAUACAUUGUCGCAAAGGACAGCCGGCUGCAGUUUUUGAAGGAUCACUGGCAAAAGGCAUGUGCACGCAUUGAGAAGUCCCACCAAACAGUGGAUGAACUGCCUUUGUCUGUUUUGCUUGCCAUAUUCCCAUUCACUGAGCCCAACUUGUGCGAAAAAGUGAGUGAGUUUUACAGAGAAGAGGGAGAAGACUGGAAGAACGUGGCGUAUAAGGAUUUUAGAAGCGUGGCAGGCGUGGACAUCUCCAAGUACUUUACAUCCAAGAAGUAUCUAAAUGCACUAAUAGAGUAUAUAGAUGACCUAAUAGAAAGCAAUGAUCUGAAGGAAAUAACAGAUUCUUCUGCAGGCACUACAUACUACACAGUUGUAGACGUAGAAAGCAAAGAUGCAAAAAAAGCAGAAAUAACCUUAUUAGAGAACACAUUCAUAAGCAAAGAAGAGAGAGAGGAGAUGUAUAAGACAAUGUGCAGUGCACUGGAGCAAAGAAUAGAUAUAUCAGAGAAUGAUAGUGUCCUGGCAAAGCACACUGCGUUUGGAGUAGGAAUAAACACUGUAAUGCAUAGUCCCCAUGAAAAACAGGCAAAGUCUGAUAUAAUGGGGCUUUUCAUACGAAAAAGAUCGUUUAAAAAGGCAUAUAAUCUGUCUACGGCUGUAAUGAAAGUUUCACCAAGUGACUAUUACCUGGUGUGUGCAGAUGGGGUGGCUGUUAACAACAAAGAAUUUUCAAAGGAAGAGAUCCUUCAAUGUGUGCACAGCAUAAAAACAGCAGUACUUCAAAGCCAAAGAGUUGAUGUGCUUGGUGAUCUGUGCGAGUACGACUACUUUUUGCUUGAGUAUCUGAUCUUAGCAAUGAGCACUCUUAAGGUACUUUCACUGUCGAAGAUGUCAAUACGAAAUAAUGUUAUAUCGCACAUAAAGAUAACUGAGGAGUACAGACGGACAUUUGACCAAGCAAAAAUGGCCCUUAAGGCAGCAAGCCAAUCGAGCAGGCAGUCUUCCAGAGGCAGCGAGGGAGAGUCUUCCAGCACAUACCUACAGACAUUUGGUAUUACUGGAAUUAACAAGAUUUCCCCAAAUGCAGACAUGGUGUCCUACACAGCAGGCUCUUUAUUUCUGUAUCUAGUGCACAACGGAUCUGCUUGUCUUGAUAAAAUCCUGCGAAAGAAUUUCAUCAUUCAGGCAGAGCUGGAAAAUACUAUAGAAAAGCACCCAAGCCUAUUUGUACUUCAUCUUAAAGAGAAAUAUACAGAGUCAAUAGUAAUGCUUGCAUGGUGCUGUUCUUCUAGUGCUUAG